UGCACACUCGGUGGCGCGCGCUUGUCUUCUUGAGACUUCUUCAUCGGGCGUUUCGCGAGCUUUUCUUCUGAUUUUCUUGUUUUUUUUUACGGUUUUUACUGUUUUGCACUUGAGAGCGUGUGAAGUGCGCGCAUGCGUAGUGGCUGAUAAUUAACCAAUUUGAAAAUUGCGGUUCUUCUGCUUUUUUCGCAAUACGAUUGACCGCAAAAUUGCGCAAGAAAUUUGAUUUUUUUUUGCUGUGUGCAAAUAUUUUUUAAAUAAGUGGAAACAAAAAAAAGAACAAGAAAUCACCAAUAGAUUUCGAAGAAAGUGAUGCAAUUUAUAGGACGAGGAUAAAGGACAAAGAAACGAUUUUCAAAACACAUUAUUUGCGACAAGAUUCUCGAACUUGGACUGGGAGUAGGCCAAUUAAGAGUUGGCCACACGGCAACAGGUGUCGGCGGUUCCAGCAGCAACAUCAACAUUAACAGCAACAGCGCAGCGGCAACAUCUAGUGACAGCAGCAACAUCGAAAGACAGCAGCAACAAGUGGCAUCAUUUGCGGUUUUGAUCGCCGGGGCGUGUUGCCUAGUCCGUCGGCGAAAACGGGAAAUCGGAAGAAACAUGUUCUCCUUCAGCGCCGCCGCAUCCUCAUCCCCAUCCUCCACUCGGACUUGGACUCGGACUCGGCAUGGCUUCAAUCUCGGCCAGCUGCUGCCGAUGGUCGCCGUUAUCGGAGUGUUGCAUCUGCCGCAAUUUGUGUGUCAUGCUGGCUGGGCAACCAGAACGGCAGAGAAUUCCAUUAACGAGAAUGCCACCAUGCAAAUCCAGACGCUGCAGGUGAACUGCAGCCGGGAGUUGCUCGAGAUGCACCUGGAGCUGAGUCGACCCUUCCGGGGGCUGCUCUACGCCAAGGACUUUCCGCUGGAGUGCCGGGCGCGGGGCCAGGACUCCACCCGGCUGCACCUGCGCAUCCCCACCUCGGGAUGCGGGGUGCGGGCGGAGCCGCUCGGGGAUGGCAGUCUGGAGUACUCGGUGCGGGUGAUGCUCCAGAAGGAGCAGAAGCUCCGCCAGAGCACCGACAUCCUCAGCGCCGUGCGGUGCCAGCUUCCGGCCAACGCGAUGGGAAUGCCACUGCCCGUCCUGCGACAGGACAACGGACGCGAGAGGAAUGCUCGGAUGCGGGCCUUGGCCGCGGCUGCGGUCCCAGCUCUGUCCGCACCACCUGCCCCACCGACGAGCACCACCCACAGCCAGCACCACCACAUGGAGACGCCGCGGGUGAGGAUCUGGCUGGAGUUGGGUGGCCCCAACGGAACCGGGUCCGUGGAGGUGGGCGUGGCCACCACCCUGACCGUGCGGGCCAUCGUUCCCGGGAACAUCGGAGUGCGGGUGGUGGACUGUGCGGCCCUCGACGGAUUGGGCGAGUCCACGCAGCAGCUGCUGGAUGCACGUGGCUGUCCCAUCGACGAGCAGGUAAUGCCCGCUCUGCACACCCAGCACCGGCCGGCGGAGGAGGGAUGGUCCAAGCAGCACGAGGAAGACCUGGUCGAGCGGACGUUCGCGGCCACGUUUCCCGCCUUCAAGUUCCCGGACCGCGAACGCCUCCACGUCAGCUGUGGCGUGCAGCUUUGCAAGGGGAAGUGUCCGACUCUAAACUGUCGCCAGAAGACGCCUCCGCCGGCGUUGAGUGCCGAGCAGCACUUGGCCCGCAUCGAGGUGUUCAAUUCGCUGGCCGUGACUGCUCCCCAAAUCGAGGUGGACCGCCUGCGGUACGACAGGCGCCACAACAUGAGCGGAGAGGAUUAUGCGCCGCAUGUGAGGAGUCAACCUGGUCCCGGCGAGGGAACCCUCUGUCUGUCCAUCUCCAAGCUGGCGAUCUCGUUCUGUGUGCUGGGCCUGAUCUUCCUGGUGGCCGUGGUGGUGGCCAUCUUCUCGCUGAUCCGGUCACGUCGUCGGGAGCGGCGACAUGGAGCCGGACUGAGUCUGGGACUGGGCCUGGGAAUCGCCGGGACGAGCACCUCGAACAGCAGCAGCCGGCUGCAUCGGGAUAGGGCCGAGAUCUGCACCUCGAUGUUCUCCUCCAGCAGCGAAUCGGCGCAGUCGCAGCCGCGUUUCGGGGCCAAGUUCCUGAUGCCCUACUAUCCAAAUACCCUGCCUUACGGUCGUGUCUACUAACUAACUAGUUAAUGGAGGGGCCUCCCAGAGACUGACGGAUUCGUCUAACGAGUGGUACCAAAUUAAGGUCUAACUUUAGCAAUAUUACCGUACUUAUGUAUCUUUCGGUUGGCCGAAAGGAUCUUGAAAGCGUUUUGCAAGCGGUUAAGGGCCAAAAUGUGUUUUGAUGUCCUUUCGUUUUAGUUGUAUUUAAUACCUACGUAU